AGGUAUCCAGACAAAAGACACCUCUUUGUUCUUUUGUUUGUCAUUAAACUCCGCUUUCCGACUGACUUACUGCAUCGAUAAAAGUAUCUGUAGUGGGUAAAAAAAAGAAGAGCUAGCGGCUUCCUGUCCCGCACUGUCAUCUAGUGUUAGCUAGCCGAGAGCUAACGAAGAUGUUGCUAGCAAUUUGCAUGACAACAGCGAAAACUAAUAUUAGCCUUCUUCAGCCAAUCAAGUUCAGAGGACCAUGUCUAGGAAGUGAGCAACGGCAAUGGAAGGGAAAGGCCCGUAUCGCAUCUAUGAUCCAGGUGGGAGUGAGGUCAGGGCCAGGGAGGAGGCCGGAGGGGGAAGCAGCUAUCGACAGCUACUGGAGGAGAACAGCAUACUGCGGGAGCGAAUGAAGGGACUUAAGAGUUUAGGUGAUUUGCUGGAAGAGUCUCAAUCAGAGGCAUCAAGGCUUCGGCAGCGAGUGGAGGAACUUGUGAGAGACAACGAGGCCCUUAAGUCCUCCAGCUUUGCCGCCAGUCUGUGUAUGGGAGGGCACAUUCAUGCUGAAACACAAAGUAGACCCUGUUUACACCCCACUGCAGAACAGAAGGAGGAGCAAACAAGCUGUUUAGGGAAGACCCUCCAGCCUGAGAAGCCCAAUGAGGCGUCAGCAGAGUUUGAGGUUGUGAAUGUAGAUGGGAAGACUUCAGAAGCCUUGACUGCCGCGUCGGUGGCAGCCGUAAUCCCUGUCCUGCCUCAGGAGAACAUCGAGCUAGCCAGCCAGCUGAAGAGACUAGAGAGCUCCUUCAGCAUAUUCGCAGAGGAGUCCAACCCAAACCAGCUGUUGGCUCACCUCGGUCGCAUGGCUGUGGAGUUUCACCAUCUUUCCUCUAAGGUCCAAAAGAAUGAGCAGAGGACUUCCCUCCUACAGACUCUAUGCGAGCAGCUCAGACAGGAGAACAAUGAGCUUCGAAAGAAAAUGGAAGAGGAUCAUCAUAUCAGGAAUCGAGAUUUGGAACAGCUGAGACAGGAGAAUCAGAAACUUAAGGAGCUGGUCACGGGAGCAGCAGCAGCAGCAGCAGCAGCAGCAUCGUCUGCAGCGCCAUCUGACACCGAAGCUCCGGAGGCCAAAGAGGAGCCUGUGAAGGAGGAAUCAGCCGCUGUAAGACCCAAGAUGGAGGCCACCACACCGCAGAAGAGUGGAAAAGCUGCAGAGAAAACCCCAACUAAAUCUUGUGAUGUAGAGGUGUAUGAGAAGAAAAUCAAGCUUUUGGAGAAGCAGAGAAAGGAUGUACUGGAGGUGAACAAGCAGUGGGACAUUCAGUGGAACUCCAUGAAGUCACAGUUUGAACAGAAGAUCACAGACCUCAGACAACGGCUGGCUGAGUCCCAGAAAACUGUGCUUGAGCUGGAGGCAGAGCGAGAGCAGAGGCAGCGCGACUAUGACAAGAAGCUGCUGCUGGCCAAGUCCAAGAUUGAAAAUGUACAGGGGGAGAAGGAGUGCCUCAACUCUGAGACCACUGAGCUGAAGCAGAAGAUUCGCUACCUGCAAGAUCAGCUGCUGCCCCUCAGCAAACAGAGGGAGUACCAGGAGAAGGAGAUCCAGCGCCUAAACAGAGCUUUAGAGGAAGCCUUAAACCUGCACACCCCUUCAUCCUCCCAACAACCACCUGGUCAGGGUAACUUUGCCGAUGCAGCCAAUAACCUGAAGAAACAGGAACUGCUCACUCAAAUUGCUGUACUGAAGGAACAGGUAAAGAUCUUUGAAGAGGACUUCAGAAAAGAGAGGAGUGACAGGGAGCGAAUGAAUGAGGAAAAAGAGGAUUUGAGGCGGCAAGUUGAGAGACUCCAGGGUCAGAUUACUAAUUUGACCAAUCAGCUUCAUCAGGCACAGAACGAGUGUCAGAGAGAACGUACGGAAAGAUGUAAACUGGAGAGACUGCAGAUGCAGCAUCACAAACAGGGGCAGCAGCAGGAAAGACGUACCUCAGACCCCACGUCAGGCUCAGUGAACGGCCCGCUGAGCCCUCCCUACUGUGGUCCCUUUGUGCAGGUGGGACCGCAGGGCCUUGAGGGCUGGCCCAUACACUUCCCUCCCCGGAUGCCCAAUGCAGCAGGCGCCGCAGCCGCCGCAGCCGCAGCCGCAGCACCACCCCCUGUACGAGACUUCCAGCCUGUUACCCCGGGUUUUCCUUGGCAGUCGUCAUUCCCGCAGCCGAGAGGGGCCAGAGCAGUAGGAGAGAGUUCAAGACCACCACCAGAGAAUGCAGAUCAGUCUGCGGCAGUGGCAGCGGCAGCAGCAGCUGCAGCAGCAGCAGGAUUUGGAAAAAGGGACAGACAGAACAUUGACCCUGGAAAGCACUAACGCAUCACCGUACCCACCAAAUGGAGUCUGAGUAGUAGCAUGAAAUCAGUUUGUUUUUGAGUUGACAAGGUGUGAUUUGAUCUAUAAUUUUCCUACUGAACUGUAGAUAUCCUAUUGUAAUGUUGUUUAUACUUGCGUUUUAUAAGGCUAUUUGUGAAACACUUCGCUAUUCUGAAUAUAUGUACAUGAAAUAUUAUUUAGAUUUUUUUUUUUUUUUUUUUAUCAGGAACUGAAGUCAUUUGUUAAAUGGGUUGGAAUAAUUAACAUUGUUCAUUUUUUUUUUCUCCAGGAAAUAUACCUAUGUGCUUGUAUCUCUGCAAGUGUGUAACAACUAUACACUUUGUUACUUGUAGGGUUACAGGAAGCCAUUCCCCAAUAUGACUAAGACAACAUAUACUCAUUCCAACAAUGAAUGAAUAUAUAGUACAUUGAACCUUAGAAUUUACAAUGUGAAUGUUGAUUGAUUUAUGAAGAUUGCUUCCGUACCAUCGAUGUUAUAGAAAUGUCCCAUACGUGUAACUGUUCAAAAGUGGUUGUUGGAAAAACAAAAAAUUUGGGAAAUGAAUUUUGAUGGUUUCAUACCAAAAACAUGAUUGUGAUUAUUGAUAAUUUAUUUAUAACCUGCUGUUUUGAUAGUUGCAUUGACUAAGUGUAAAUCAUUGUCUUUAGUAAUGCUGUUCUUUCUAUGUUGUUAGUGUAAUCCCAAUAUAUUGGAGCUAUUGACAUUGUAUGUUUGUAUCAGACACAAUAUACAAUGCACAGUACAUACACAACCUUUUUUCCCCCAUGAUGAUGGACCUAAUCUCAUUAAACACAACACUUCUACUUGACCACAAUUGAUUUGAUGAUUUGACCACUCAUUCAUACUCAUCUUACUGCAUCUUCUACUAUUGCCCACAGUUUAGCCCCAACAUAGAGUAUCCAGAAGUUACAGCACCAAAACCUUUAGGCAGCAGCGAUGAAAGGUAUUCCUCUUCAUACAUUCCAUGUUUACUUAUUGAGUUGUAAUCAGUGCAACUAGUACACCUAGUAUGGCUCAAGCAACAGAAAGGGGAAGAUUUGGAGGCCCUAGAUCUAGUGUUGCAGCAGUACAGCCGCUCGUCAGAGGAAAACCUCUGCCAGGAUAUCUGGCUUUGCGCUAUGUGCCACUUCAACAACCAGCAAUCCAUGCCGUGCCAUGCAGUCCCGUGUACUGCUGUAACAUUAAGUCAAGAGCCCGGAUAACAGACAUAGGAUCCACACCUCAAGAUGUGUGUUGCCAUUUUAAAAAGGAAGAUCCAAUCUCAAAUCAAGCCAUUGUUUUAACUGAAUACCCAUUACAUUUCCUUUAGUAUAGUGUAUGUCAAGUAGUCAGAUGAAGGGCUUCAAAAUGUGUGCAGAUGAAUUAGAAAAGGCUCCAGUUUAUCAAACAGGUUACAGGGAACAAAUUCCUGAUGGGUGAGAGCUGAAACUAGAAGAAUUGCACUUUGAAAGGUAUGCUGUAAUUACUGGCAGUUGUAUUUUCUUGGUUUGUAGCCCUUUUUCUUUUUUGCUGUAGGCAAAAGCACAUGUGAGACUUUUUGUAUUUGACUGGCUUAAUAAAUCUAUUCUAAAUGUC